AUGGAAAAGGCCGAAUGGUUAAGUCGUCCUACUCACAAUUUAGUGGGCGCUGGUUCAAAUACUGGUCAAGCCAUUCCCUUUGUGAGCCCUUUCGGUGCUUGCAUGAGUAAGUGUUACAUCUGUAAUGUAUUGAUAUGUAAGAAGACUCCAGAUGAGGUGCUCAAACAAUCGUUGGAUGGCGUUUUCAACGAAAGGUAUAUGCGAACGGAACUUCCGAAUGACACUUUUGCUCUCGACAUGGUGGAUGGACCAAAAAGAAAUGCAGACCCUGCAUUAUCCUUCUACGUGGAUGAAGACUAUUCCCGUGAGAUCCAAGACGUGAAGCCCGAUUCUUUGUUAGGUCGCUUCUUGUACGGAACCAGCAAAAACCUAGUAAAACGUAAUGCUAAUAGAAAGAAGAAGUGGGAAUGCGAUAAGGAAAUCUCGUGGCUCGACCUAGGACCUGAUUAUUACCCAAGGUUCUUGAGAUCGAUGAAGUGCUUCGGAACAUGUUGGUUCUCUAACAUCUGCAAACCACGCUCGGUCACAGUGAAAUUGUUGCGACGAAAGAUUGGAGAUUGUGUUGUUAUCAAACGUGGUAACAAAGUUGGGAUGGAAGGAUUACCGGUAGAGUUACGUGAAAAAUGGGUCUGGGAGGAGAAAAAUAUUAAUUAUUGCUGCGAUUGCGUGGCACCAUCUACCUAA